GAAUACUGCCCCUGCGGAAGUUGGAAUCUAUUUGGAGGCGUUGCCUGUUCGAUAGCGGCUUUCCUCUUGGCCCCAUACCUACCCGACUCUCGUCCCCAGAGCUGCUUCCUCGAUGUGGUCAGCAUCAACCAAGCUAACGAGGAGAAAAUGUUGCAAGGGAUAUACGGAUUGGGCGGCUUUUUGAAAGCGUCUCGAGAACUUCGGAUCUUGUGGAGCCCACCUUACCUCUCAAGGCUGUGGUGCAUUUUUGAACUGGCCGCGUUUCGCUCUGCGAACCCUGCCGGCAUCAUCACGCUCGCUCCGCUUUGCUUGGAGGCCGCAGUGGCUGCAUUCUGGCUCGGUGGCUAUGCAACUAUGUGUGUUUUCCUGGCAGUCCUGGGAUUGACAGGGUCGUACAGCAUCUUGGCUCUGAUCCCAGCCUUGCUGCCACUCUUCCUGGUCCUUCACUGCUUGCGGAGGACUUUAAGUAUGAAGCAGCAACUCUUCGCUGACCUUGAAGGCUUUGACCUUGACAAAGCGUAUUGCCGAAAAGAGUCUGACCGGGAUUUUGUGCUCAAGGCCAUCAUUGAAUGGUAUGGCAGCCUUGAGAGCUUCACCGCUUAUGUGCGAGGUCCUCUUCAGCAGGAGCUCCAGGCCAUGCAUUCCACCACCCGGCUGCCACUUCAUUACAGCUUCCUGAUCGUAACCCCCGUGGUGAGUUUUGGCUUGGAUGCCCUGCUGGCACUUUGGCUUGCCGGUGCCCCGACGCAGAUUGUGCUAUCCUAUGGCAUCGGAGUGGUGCUUGGCCUGUGCACUUGCUGGGCGAUGAUUGCAGUUCACUUGAGUACUCUGCUUUGCAGCUACUCCAUCAGUACGAACUCAAGCAUUAUGGGCUGGAUGCAGUCGUUGAUUGUAUUCCUGAUAUUUGGGGCUGUUACCUUUGCCGGAGUGAAGGUUGGUGCAUUGGCUUACACAAACAGCCUUGAGGCAUCUUGCAUAUGGCUCGCUGGGGCGGUCUGUCUGCUUUGGCUCGUGCAAGGUGGGCUUCAGCACCUCCAAGCCUUAUUCAAGCAAUGCAAGCACCGCACGGAUGCUUAA